AUGGAGAGCCUGAGCAGCAGCCUGAAGAAGAAAGCCACCGAGAGGCACCACCGGGCAGAGGUGAUGAUCGCUGGAGAGCAGCUGAGGCUUCGCCUCCACGAUGGGAAGCUCAUUAAGGACAGACGUUACCACCUUCGGACGUACCCGAACUGCUUCGUGGCGAAGGAGCUCACAGACUGGCUGAUCGACCACAAGGAAGCACCCGACAGAGAGACGGGCAUCCGCCUCAUGCAGAAGCUGAUGGACCACUACAUCAUCCACCACGUUUGCGACGAGCACUCAGACUACAAGGAUGCCAAACUCUUAUAUCGUUUCCGCAAGGAUGACGGGACCUUCCCCCUCAGUWAGGAUGUGAAGGUGUUCAUGAGAGGGCAGAGUCUUUAUGAGAAGCUGAUCAGUGUUGAAGAUUCAAUUCUGAAGGUGCGGGAGGAGAACUCUGUGAAGUACCAGAGGACCUUCUUGGGCUCCGAAAUGAUUGACUGGCUCAUGCAGGAGGGAGAAGCAGCCAACCGAAAGGAAGCCGUGGAGCUGGGCCGGGCACUGCUGGAGCACGGGAUCGUUCAGCACGUGUCCAACAGGCAUCACUUCUUUGACAGCAACAUUCUCUAUCAGUUCUGGAUCAACUUUCGCCGGAGACGUCGUCUCACGGAGCUGCUCAGUGAAACCUCUUCUCGUGCUCUGUCCGAGAGCCCGGACAGUCCCUUCUGCCUGCGCAAGCUCAACCCGGACCCAGGCAACACGAGCUUCCUUUCUGUCCAACCCAACAAGGAGAUUAAAAUUGUCUCAGCAGUUCGAAGGAGCAGCAUCACUUCCCUGGCUGGAAACUCCAACCCUUACUUCAGUGCUGCUCCUAUAUUGGUCUUCCCUCCCGCGGCUGAGUGCAACCCCAAAUCAGUGUUAAAGAGACCAGUCACCAAUGAAGAGCUCCUGUCCCCUGGGGCCCCCUACAUCAAGAAAACACUAACUAUUGUGGGGGAUGCUGUGGGCUGGGGGUUUGUGGUCCGAGGAGGAAGACCUUGCCACAUCCAAGCAGUGGACCCGGGAGGACCUGCUGCUGCUGCAGGGAUGAAGGUGUGUCAGUUUGUUUUCUCUGUGAACGGCAUGUGUGUUUUGCACUUGGACUAUCAGACCAUCAGCAGCCUCAUCAUGACAGGACCACGAACUCUGGUCAUGGAAGUCAUGGAAGCUGUUGAAUGAAUGAAGGAGUCUCUCGUCCCACCGCUGUUUGGAAAAGCAGGACACUUCUCAAAAGAACGAUGGACCAUGGGAAGGGACCAGGCACAACCUUUCACUCAGAUUUUAACCAGGCAUUUUAAUAUAUUUUCCAAUAAAAACAUUCUAAU